AUGCGUCUCUGUGUCAAUACGUUGCCGAUAGUCGUGCUGUGUGUAGUAGCUUUCCUGGCCACGCCAUCCACAGCCGAUGAAGAUCUCGUCGAGACAUUUAAGAACAUCGAUGUGUUCAGGCUCAGGUCGUCCGCAGGUGCCUGCCCAUUGCUGGUUGUCGGUCAGGUGUGUCCACAGGAGAAUCCGCUCUACUACUUCAAAUGCUGUGGUGAUUUAAACGCGUCGUGCUGUUUCCGAUUACAGGUACAGCUUAUGUUCGUAAUAACGGGUGGGCAGGCCUUCGCUAGUUCACGACUAGCUCUCGUUGAACUCAUGGAGGUGGACAGGCUGUAA